AGUUCAAGGUCCCUGUGCUGCUGGUUUCUCUAUUUUCAGGGGCCCCGACGUGUCCUCUCCGCCUCGUGCGUCAGGCCGCGCGCAGUUGUGCGCUCCGGGACUCUUUUCGGGGCUGUCGGAAGCCCAGCAGUUUGCUGGGCGCAGCCGGCACGGCCCUCCGCCCUCCCUACCAGUAGGCCGAUUCUCGUAGUAGCAGCCGGUGGGGAAAUGGUUGUGCUUUCGGUGCCUGCCGAAGUCACUGUGAUCCUGUUAGAUAUCGAAGGUACCACAACCCCGAUUGCUUUCGUGAAGGACAUUUUAUUUCCUUACAUCAAAGAAAAUGUUAAAGAGUAUCUGCAGACACAUUGGGAAGAAGAGGAGUGCCAGCAGGAUAUCAGUCUUUUGAGGAAACAGGCUGAAGAGGACUCCCACCUGGAUGGGGCUGUUCCGAUCCCAGCAGCAUCCGGAAAUGGGGCGGAUGACCUGCAGCGGAUGAUCCAGGCCGUGGUAGAUAAUGUGUGCUGGCAGAUGUCUCUGGACCGGAAGACCACGGCGCUGAAACAGCUGCAGGGCCACAUGUGGAGGGCGGCAUUCAAAGCUGGGAGCAUGAAAGCAGAGUUCUUUGAAGACGUGGUUCCAGCAGUCAGGAAAUGGAGAGAGGCUGGAAUGAAGGUGUAUAUCUAUUCUUCAGGGAGCGUAGAGGCACAGAAACUGUUAUUUGGGCAUUCUACAGAGGGAGAUAUUCUUGAGCUUGUGGACGGUCACUUUGAUACCAAGAUUGGACACAAAGUGGAGAGUGAGAGUUACCGAAAGAUUGCCAGCAGCAUUGGGUGCUCAACCAACAACAUCUUGUUUCUGACGGACGUUACCCGAGAGGCCAGCGCUGCUGAGGAAGCUGACGUGCAUGUAGCUGUGGUGGUGAGACCUGGCAAUGCGGGGUUAACAGAUGAUGAGAAGACUUACUUCAGCCUCAUCACGUCCUUCAGUGAACUGUACCUGCCUUCCUCAACCUAGAGGAGGAGUUCUAAGGAAGACCAAACUGUCUUCACAGAGUUGUCCCUGUAGUCUAGUUUUAUUCUAAUGGUAAAAAUAACUUACUUAAAAAAUACAUAUAUACACAUACAUAAGGUAGGUAUGUAAGUGUGUGUAUGUUCAAAUUACCUUUCACAAGCACGUAAGUGGGAAAAGGAAUCUCAGUUCAGAGGAAAGGAAACUUAUUUAAAGAUGAUGCUUUAUAUGUAGAAAUUGUUUGAAACCACAGCUCUAACCAUUAUUGAGGGUGAAAUAUAGUUGAUAGAAGAAAUUACUACUAUACAGGUCAAAUGUGUUAUGUUUAUCAAGUCAUGUACCAAAAUAGAAAGGUAGGUUUGAGAAGUUACUCAGAAGCCUGGUUAUUUUAAAAACUAGAAGUAUUUCAAAGACAUUCCUAGUAAUAAUCUACUCCUCUUUUAAAUUGUGAGUUAGAAGAUUACAGCAACUGAAUUUCAAGCUAUUAGCCUCCCUGUUUACAAAUGACAAAGCUAUUUGUUUCUGCUUCAAAAGAGAGCAAAGUUGGGAAAGGAAACUCAAUUUGAGUCUUGAUUAAUCAUACAUCUGUUACUUAAGAAACUUGCUAAUCAUUGUGGUACCCACAGCAAGCAGUUGCCUUACCAGUGAAAAAGAUGCACUAAUGUAAUAGCUAAAAUAGAAAUGUGCUUCCUAAUGUUUAACAAAACAGUCCUAAUCCUGCCACUUAUCACAGAUUUCAGAGUUAACCUUGCUAACUACUUCUUAGCACAGUUUGAGAACAUAUGUUAAUUGCUGUUUACUAUUAAAAAACAAAAGGUUUGCUGAAAUUUGUCCAUAAGACCUAGAAGAGCCCUAAUAUCUAAUAUUUUCUCUGAAAUGGAUGUGAGAAAUGUAAAUUUUAUAACAGCAUUAUUUAUCCUAGUUCAGCCUAAUAGGAUGUCAUGUCAAUUUCCUGUGGUAAUUAAUAAAAACAUUUUCUUCUUUACUCA